CUAGCAGAGCACAGACUCAGCUGCACUGCCGUAUUGAAAUUGAUUUCAAACCGUAAACGAAAUUAGUCGCUCGAGUGAAUUCGGCUUGAUCGGAACGUACAGCUAAGGGUGAUCCGUGAAAUCACAAAAAAAAACAAACAGAUAUAAGCAUAACAUAUAACAUACCAGCACAAUUAUGGCGCCCAACAGUAAUGACAACGAGAUCAUCAAUCCCAAUGAAUACUUGAAGAUACCCGAAUGGAUCAAUGAGACAUAUUUUGUACCCAUUCUCGAAAAAGAUGUUGACAACUUUAAGGAAGUUUCCAAAUUCACAGCAGUCGCUGCAACAGCCCCAGGGGAAAAUUACACAUCGAUUAUGGUGCGGGUUGUCAUUGAUGUUAUAUUGACAGAUGGCGCCUCAAAACAAGUCUCAUAUAUCCUCAAAACCGUAUUGGAGAGCGGCAAUCAGGGUUCUGAAUUUGUCAAAUCCAUGAACCUCUUUCCCAAAGAAAUGAAAAUGUAUUCCGAUUAUUUGGCUAAAUUUGAGAAACUCUAUAAAGAAGCCGGUGUGGAGAUACAGCUUGCGCCAAAAUGUCUACAUUGCGAAGAUACACCCGAACGAACCGUCUUAAUAAUGGAAGAUUUAAGUAAAGACAACUUUAAGAAUAUGGAUCGUUUGAAGGGUUUCGAUUCGAAAUAUAGCCGCUUGGUAUUUCAAAAAUUGGCCGAACUUCAUGCAGCCUCUGCUGUGUGGGGAGAAAUAAAUGGAGCCUAUGAUGAAAUAUUCCAGCGCAGUUUCUUGUCCGAAGCCAACAAACAUAUUUUUGCUGCCAUGUAUGAGCCACGUACCGAGGGAUGGUUCAAAGCAAUGCGCGAUUGGGGUCUGCAGGAUAUGGAGAAAUUUGAAGAGAAACGAAUGGAUUUUGAAACGUAUUACAAUGUGAACAUAAACAUCAAUAAAAUCGAUCCGGAUGCAUUCAAUGUUCUCAAUCACGGUGAUAUGUGGACGAAUAACAUUAUGUUUUCCCACGACAAGGAGGGCAAUGUGAAGAAAAGUCUCUUUGUUGAUUUCCAGUUAUGCAAAUGGGGUAGCCCCACACAGGAUUUGUGGUAUUUCUUUACCACCUCCGUUCAGGUUGAUAUUCGGGUCCAAGAAUUCGAUAGUUUAAUUGCAGCAUAUCACAAACGUUUGGUGGAAUGUUUGAAAUUGUUGAAUUACUCCAAGAAAAUUCCCAGCCUUAAAGAUUUGCAGCUAAUGAUGAUCAGUAAUUCGUAUUGGGCACAAUUCACUUCCACCAUUGUCACGGCCAAUAUCCUCUAUCCCAACGACAAGGAUGCCAAUAUGGAGAACAUGUUGAAAAUGGGACCAGAGGCUGAUGCCUUCCGUUACAAAGUUCAAACCGCACCCGUCUUUGUCAAUUCAAUGCGCCAAUGGUUUCCCUUCAUUUACAACAAGGGCGCAUUCGAUGUUUAGCCUAAGAAGUAAUAGGAAAUUGUAGUGUAAAAAUUUAGAACAAAGUAUUUUUAAAUAAAUGUAUUUAUUUUUAUUUUAAUAAC